AUGAAAAACAUCUCACAAUUUAUUUUUCUAGUCCUUCUGUUUUUAGACAAGACAAUAUCUCAACUUUCACCACCAAUAACGACAAAUUUUAAGUGCCUUAAAAAUGGUUGUUGUGAUCAACAUGAAUGGUGUCGAUUUUGGGCAUCAAUUGGUGAAUGUCAAAGUAAUUCAGAAUGGAUGACUACAAGUUGUCAAUUAGCUUGUGAUACAUGUAAAGCAUUCAGAGGUAAUGAUAAAAAUUCAAAUAAGCAAUCCGAGGGAAAUGUACCUAGAGAUGGAGGUAGUUGUAAUUUUAUAAAAGAAAAUCCAUCUAAUGCUGUAGAAGAUCUUAAAAAAAGUGGAUUAAUAAAUCCUGUUGAAGAUAUAUCAUCAAGAGUCAUAUUAUCAAUUGAUGAUAUAACACGUUCAGUUCCUACAGGUUGUGUUCCACAAAUAGCAUCAGCGGAUUGUCGAAAAGCACUUUGUUAUCAUCUAUCAUAUCGUACUUUUGAUGGAACCUGUAAUAAUUUACAAAAUCCAUUAAAAGGUGCUGCUUUUAAACAAUACUUAAGGCUCCUUCCACCGGCAUAUGAUGAAGGAAGUAUGGGUGAACCGGUUGAUUCUAUUGUAACAAAAAGACCUAGUGCACGUGAAGCAUGUAGACUUUUAUUGUCAUCAGGUCAAGUUGUUAGCCAUGAUUCAAUUAAUACUUUGAUAAUGCAAUUUGGACAAUUUUUAUCUCAUGAUAUGUCAAAAACAACAUUACAACCUACAACACAAUGUAAAACAUGUAGUCCUGUACCAUCAAAAUGUAUUCCAAUAAAAAUAUCACCAAAAGAUACUAAUGAAAUAUUUAAGAAAAAAGAAUGUCUAAAAAUGUCAAGAUCAGCACCUGUUUGUGGUACUGGGCAAACAACUCCAAGACAACAAUUAAAUGAAAAUACUGGUUUUAUUGAUGGGUCAGCAAUUUAUGGAUCUUCAUCGAAAGAUUUACACAAAUUUAGGGAAGGUAGGACUGGAUUUCUUAAAAUGACAGCAUUUAAUAAUAAAAUGUUUCUACCAUUUGAUACAUCAAAAUGUGUAUCAAAACAAAAUUGUGUUGCAUCAUUUGUUACUGGGGAUAUUAGGGGAAAUCUUUUUAUUGGUCUUGCUUCAAUUCAUAUAUUAUUUGCAAGAGAACAUAAUAGAAUUGCACGAUCAUUACAAUCAUUAAAUCCUUCCUGGUCAGGUGAUAGAAUAUUUCAAGAAGCAAGAAAAAUUAAUGGUGGUAUUCUUCAACAUAUUGUUUAUACACAAUAUUUACCAAAAUUAUUAGGAACAUCAUUAGAAAAUGUUGUUGGUAAAUAUAAUGGUUAUGAUUCUAAUGUUGAUCCAACAAUAUCUAAUGUUUUUGUAACAGCUGGAUUUAGAUUUGGCCAUGGUAUGAUACAAGAAAUAUUUAAAAGAGUUGAUGAAAGUGGAAAAAGUAUACCAGAUGGUUCAUUUGCCUUUUCUGAUGGAGUUUUUAAAUCAGCUAAAUUACUUUUUGAAGGUGGUAUUGAUCCAGUUAUUAGAGGAUUAAUGUUACAACAAGUUAAACGACCACAUAGAAUGACACCAGCAAUUACUGAAAAAAUGUUUGGAAGUACUGAUCUUGGUGCUGUUAAUAUUAAUAGAGGACGUGAACAUGGAAUGCCUGGUUACAAUGCAUGGAGAGAAUUUUGUGGAAGUACAAGAGCAAAAACAUUUGAAGAAUUUAGUGAUCAUAUACUAGAUAAAAAUGUUCGUGGUGGUUUAGCAAAAGCUUAUAAAUCACCUGAUGAUGUUGAUCUAUAUGUUGGAGCAAUGCUUGAAGAUCCUGUUGUUGGUGGUUUGGUUGGAUCAACAUUAUCAUGUAUAAUUGGUAAUCAAUUUAAACGUUCUAGAGAUGGUGAUAGAUUUUAUUAUGAAAAUCCUGGUAUAUUUACAAGUGAACAGCUUAACGAAAUUAAAAAAGUAACAUUUGCAAAAGUUAUAUGCGAUAAUAGUGAUGGUUUUCAAUUGGUUUCGGAAGAUGCCUUUUUAGUUCCAAAGAAUGGAAUGACACCAUGUUCUAAAUUUCCUUCUUUGGAUUUAACUAAAUGGAAGGAUUAA